CUCUGGCGGCUCCGCCCCUUCCGCAUUGGCCCGCACGUGGGCGCCGCUCUAGACUCCGCCUACUCCCGAAACCCGGCGGCUGGCGCGGGAUGGAGACUGGGUGCUGGUUGCUGGGGGGCGAGUUCGAGGACUCGGUGUUCGAAGAGAGGCGGGAGCGGCGGCCUGGACUGCCGGCGUCCUAUCGCGCCAAGCGCUGCGAGCCGCAGUGGUUUUAUGAAGAAACGGGGAGCAGUGAUGAUGUCGAAGCUCUAACUCUGAAGAAAUUCAAAGGGGACCUCGCCUACAGACGGCAAGAGUAUCAGAAAGCACUGCAAGAGUACUCGAGUAUCUCUGAAAAACUGCCAUCUACAAAUUUUGCCAUGAAAAGGGAUGUCCAGGAAGGCCAGGCGCGGUGUCUGGUUCACCUGGGAAGGCACACAGAAGCCCUGGAGAUCGCUGCAAACUUGGAAAAUAAAGCAACUAAUACAGACCAUUUAACCACUGUGCUCUACCUCCAAUUUGCUAUUUGUUCAAGUCUGCAGAACUUGGAGAAAACAAUCCUCUGCCUACAGAAACUGAUUUCCUUGCAUCCUUUUGAUCCCUGGAACUGGGGCAAAUUGGCGGAGGCUUACCUGAGUCUGGGGCCACCUCUGUCAACAUUGUGUGCGUCAUCUCAGAAACAGGACGGUUUUACCUCCAGUGACAAAACCAUCAAAUCCUCCUUUACACACUCAGGAAAAGACUGUCUUUUGUGUUUUCCUGAAACGUUGCCUGAGAGCCCUGUGUUUUCUGUGGAAGCAAGCGGCAGUAAUAACCAGAAGAAUGAGAAAGCUCUGAAAAAUAUUCAGAACUGUGUGGCAGAAAAGAGAGAAGCAGUGUUGCUAGAGACUCAGUUGAAAGCGUGUGCCUCUUUUAUACGAACCAGGCUUUUGCUUCAGCUCACCCAGUCUCAGCAAACCUCGUUUGCUUUGGAGAGGAAUUUAAGGACUCAGCAGGAAAUUGCAGAUAAAAUGAAAGAGUUCGGCUUCAAAGAAGACACUUUGCUGUUGAUAGCUGAGAUUUUAAAGUUCUACGUUUCGUUGAGUCCAAGAAGUCACCAGUUGUAAGCCACAUCGUUGACGGGUCACCAAAAGAAAAGCAAGAUGCCGCUUAUACCAUGACACACCUGUGUUAUAAGAUACCUCUUGAUGUCAGAAACGUUAAAAUACAAAAACAAAAUGCUUUAAUAAAUGUGGACAGUUGCCUGGUUAAGCUGUUCAUCUCAUUAGCUCUUGCCUCAAGUAAUAAGUAGCCCUUGAAGAUUUAAAGCCAGAGGAAACGAUUCUUUGAAUGUGCUUCUAAUCCAUUAUAAUUUGCGUAUUCAUCAACACACUGGAUCUCAGGGUUUACAGGAAACUUAGUCAUCAUCUAGUCCAAAUCCCAAGUGACUUAAAUUCCUUCUGUAGCAUCCCUGCCAGGUGGCUCCCUAGCCUGUCAUGCCAGUGGUAUGAAAUGUAUUGGGACUUAAUUUUAGUUCACUGUCCUUACUGAAGAUGGGCUGAUCACUUAGUGGGUUCAGGUGCCGGCUUUCCACAACUUUUGCUUGUCUUACCGGAGAAGCGAACACCAGAUCUGGGCCCGACUCUGACCAGUAGGGAGCAGUAUUGUGCCUUCAGAGGGCAUGUGCAGCAAUUCCCGAGGGUUGAGUCUUUCUGGGUCAGGAAAGGGUAGGCCCAGCUGCUUGCUACUCGACUGUUCACAGUCUUUGACUU